AUGGCUAUUUUUGCGUACCCUCCCCCGCCCUACACCAACGGCUCCUCCCCACCAUCCACCAUUCGCGCACCUUCGCGAUCCCGGUCGCUAAACCCGCUGCCCGUGCGGCACAGGAACCGCUCCCUCUCCAUCCGGUCGUCCAAGAACAAGGAUGGCAGCAGCGGAGAUUCGUACGGCAACGGCGGCGGCAGGGGGUCGUCAUCGGCACCGCGGCACCGUUUCACCAUGGCGUCGCUGCGGGGGAUGCGGCAGCCGGAGCUGUCGAAGCGGCUGUACGGGCUGAUCAAGUCGGAGAACCACGCCAUCGGGGCGCACGAGUCGGCGGGCCGCGAGCGCGCGAGCAUCGCGGCGCAGCUGAGCGAGUGGGGCGAGGCGACGGGCGACGACGCCGUGUCGGACGUCAGCGACAAGCUGGGCGUGCUGAUGGCCGAGAUGGCCGAGCAGGAGGACUUGUUCGCGCAGAAUCUGGAGGAUUACAGGGGCGUGUUGAAGCAGAUUCGGAACACGGAGAGCUCGGUGCAGCCGAGUCGGGAUCACAAGGCGAAGGUCGCGGAUGAGAUUGCGAAGCUCAAGUACAAGGAGCCGUCGAACACCAAGAUUGUCCAAUUGGAGCAGGAGCUCGUCCGCGCUGAAGCCCAGUCCCUCGUCGCUGAGGCUCAGCUCACCAACAUUACCCGCCAAAAAUUCAAGGAAGCCUACGACCUCCACCUCGCCGCCGUCAUCGAGCGCGCCGAGAAGCAGGCGAUGCUGGCCAAGCACGCCCGCCGCGUGCUCAACCUGCUCGACGACAGCCCCAUCGUCCCCGGCGAGGCGCACCCGACGUACGCCGGCGAGAGCGCCGGCCGCGACAUCCUCAACGACGCCGAGGACGAGCUGCGCGCGUGGCAGCCGCGCUACGAGCCCAUCUCGUCCAACGCCGCCAGCCUAGGCGCCGGCGCUAUGCCUAGUAGUGGUGUUGGCAUCAGCAGCAGCGGUGCGUCCGAGUACGCCCCCACCGCCGUCGGCGGCGAGGUCCAGCAGAGCCGCAUCGAGGGCGACGUGCACCCCGCGUACAGGACCAGCAAGGCGCGGAGCGCGAGCGGUAGCUCGGCUGGUGGCGAGAGGCAGCAGCAGCAGAACCCGCCGUAUCCGGUCAGCGAGGUUGAGGAGGGUGCGAUGUUUUAG